ACAAAGUAAACGCACCUGCCAAUUGCUAGGUGUUUCAAGGCUCUCCCUGUCGCAUUUCCGUCCGUCCAAUGUCCGCCGAGUUUCGAUAGCAUCUUUUAUUCACCAUUGUUACCAUGAUCGCCUCAAACAUCCUUCCGUCGCGAUUUCGCGGCGAACAACCCCCGGCGCAGAAUGCCGCGCCUUCGUGGCUGAACAAAAAGGUCACUCCGCUUCUCCAGGUCCUCGCCCGCAUCACCUCGACUCACCCCAUCCACACCAUCGUCAUCGUAGCGCUGCUGGCGAGCUCUUCUUACAUUGGACUGCUAGAGGAUAGUUUGUUCGAUGCUACCCGGAGUGUCAGGAAAGCUGAAUGGUCGUCACUCGUCGAAGGCAGCCGUCUUCUCAGGGCCGCCGAGGACACGGCUUGGAAGUGGCAGACGUAUGAUGCGGACGCUUCGAUCCCCUCAACCGCCGAACACCUAGCGCUUCUUACCCUGGUUUUCCCCGACUCAUUGUCUGCCGAUACCUCGAAAGCUCCACCAUUGGUAAAUGCGGUGCCCAUUCCUCAGAAUCUCUCGAUUCGACCGCUGCCCUCGACAUCAAACUCGUUCACGACCUACUCGCAAGACAGCGCCCUUGCUUUCUCGAUUCCCUACAGCCAGGCGUCCGAGUUUCUAGCAGUCGCUCAGGAGAUUCCCAAUGGAAUACCAUCGCAAGAAACCAUGGAGACGGAACAAGGACGGGAGAAAAAGAUGUGGAUCAUGAAGGCUGCUAGAGCGCAGACCAGAAGCAGCAUCGCGAGAUGGAUGCGUAAUGCCUGGGUCGAAUUCAUCGACCUCCUGAAGAACGCCGAGACCCUCGACAUUGUCAUAAUGGCCCUGGGCUACAUUUCGAUGCAUCUCACAUUUGUCUCGCUGUUCCUCUCGAUGCGCCGCAUGGGGUCCAAUUUUUGGCUCGCCACGAGCGUACUAUUUUCCUCCACCUUUGCCUUUCUCUUUGGCCUGCUCGUUACGACCAAACUGGGCGUCCCAAUUUCCAUGGUUCUCUUGUCCGAGGGUCUGCCCUUCUUGGUUGUGACCAUCGGUUUCGAGAAGAAUAUUGUCCUCACCCGUGCAGUCUUGUCUCACGCGAUCGAGCACCGCAGGCCCGAUAAGAGGGACGGAAAGGCUGCUAAAAAGGGCGACAAGGCCGAUAGUGUCAUCCAAUCCGCAAUCUAUAUUGCAAUCAAGGAAAAGGGCUUCGACAUCGUCAAAGACUAUGCCAUUGAGGUCGGCAUAUUGGUGCUGGGCGCUGCAUCUGGCGUCCAGGGCGGACUCCAGCAGUUUUGUUUCUUGGCCGCUUGGAUCCUGCUAUUCGAUUGCAUCUUACUCUUCUCCUUUUACACGGCCAUCCUCUGCAUCAAGCUGGAAAUCAACCGGAUCAAGCGUCACGUCGAGAUGCGCAAGGCUUUGGAAGAUGACGGCGUCAGCCGUCGCGUUGCCGAGAAUGUGGCUCAGAGCAACGACUGGCCAAGAGCAGACGGCAAAGACCAGCCAGGCACUACCAUCUUUGGCCGCCAACUCAAGAGCACCCACAUUCCCAAGUUCAAGGUGCUGAUGGUUUCCGGGUUUUUUCUGAUCAACGCUGUCAACCUGUGCACCAUUCCAUUCCGAAGCGCCAAUUCCAUCUCGCAUAUCUCUUCGUGGGCACGCGGCCUUGGCGGCGUUGUCACGUCGCCGCCUGUUGAUCCGUUCAAGGUUGCCUCAAAUGGCCUCGACAUGGUUCUGGAGACAGCAAAGAUGGAGGGCCGGGAGACCAUCGUUACGGUUUUGACGCCGAUCCGCUACGAACUUGAGUUCCCCUCAGUUCAUUACGACCUCCCGCAGAAGGUCAGCAAGCCUGAGGAAGAUGCCUUUGGCGAUUUUGCCGGCUAUGGCGUUGGUGGCCGUAUGGUGGGCGGCAUCUUGAAGAGCUUGGAGGAUCCUAUUCUCUCCAAAUGGAUCGUGGUGGCCCUGGCCAUGAGUGUUGCGCUGAACGGCUAUCUCUUCAACGCAGCGAGGUGGGGUAUUAAGGAUCCCAAUGUCCCCGAUCAUCCUAUCGACCCCAAGGAGCUAGCCGAGGCCCAAAAGUUCAACGAUACGGAGUCGGCUACCCUGCCAGUUGGCGGGUACGUCAGGCCUCCGCCGAUGACACCCUCCAUCCCGCCGACUCCAGCAUCGACAGACGACGAAGCUGAGAAGGAACUAGGCAGCGCGUCGGCCCCGGCGGCUCCAGAACAGCCGAAGGUUAUGCGCAGCCGAGAGGAAAUGGAAAAAAUGCUCUUGGAAAAACGCGCGCACGAGCUCAGCGACGAAGAGGUGAUUGCGCUCUCUAUGCGCGGCAAGAUUCCCGGCUAUGCAUUGGAGAAGACGCUCAAGGACUUCACCCGUGCAGUCAAGAUUCGCAGAACCAUCAUCUCGCGGACAAAGGCGACGGCGGAUUUGACGGGUCUUCUCGACCGGUCCAAGCUUCCCUACCAGAACUACAACUGGGCCCAGGUUCACGGUGCCUGCUGCGAGAACGUUAUUGGCUUCAUGCCCCUCCCCGUUGGCGUUGCUGGGCCCCUAGUUAUCGACGGCCAGAGCUAUUUCAUACCCAUGGCCACGACUGAAGGCGUCUUGGUUGCCAGUACCAGCAGAGGAUGCAAGGCCAUUAACUCUGGUGGCGGGGCUGUUACUGUUCUAACUGCCGACGGCAUGACACGUGGGCCUUGUGUCAGCUUCGAGACGCUCGAAAGGGCUGGCGCCGCCAAGUUGUGGCUGGAUUCUGAGAAGGGGCAGUCGAUCAUGAAGAAGGCGUUCAACUCCACCAGCCGCUUCGCGCGUCUUGAAACGAUGAAGACUGCCAUGGCGGGCACUAACCUUUAUAUCCGCUUCAAGACGACAACCGGUGAUGCGAUGGGCAUGAACAUGAUUUCCAAGGGCGUCGAGCACGCUCUCAGCGUCAUGAUGAACGAGGGCUUUGAAGACAUGAACAUUGUGUCUGUCAGCGGUAACUACUGCACCGACAAGAAGCCUGCCGCCAUCAACUGGAUCGACGGCCGUGGAAAGAGCGUGGUUGCUGAGGCCAUCAUUCCGGCUGAGAUAGUCAAGAGUGUGCUGAAGACGGAUGUUGACACUAUGGUGGAACUGAAUGUGAACAAGAAUCUGAUCGGCUCUGCCAUGGCGGGUUCGGUGGGCGGCUUCAAUGCGCACGCCGCAAACAUAGUCGCCGCGGUGUUCCUGGCCACCGGUCAGGAUCCGGCGCAGGUGGUUGAGAGUGCCAAUUGCAUCACCAUCAUGAAAAAUCUGCGCGGUUCCCUACAAAUCUCGGUUUCGAUGCCAUCGCUCGAAGUCGGCACUCUUGGCGGCGGGACCAUCCUCGAGCCUCAGGCGGCUAUGCUUGACAUGCUUGGCGUCCGGGGUCCCCAUCCAACCAACCCCGGAGAGAACGCCAGACGGUUGGCCCGCAUUGUGGCGGCUGCAGUUCUCGCGGGCGAGCUCUCGCUCUGCAGUGCCUUGGCGGCUGGGCACUUGGUCAGGGCGCACAUGCAGCACAACCGGUCCGCUCCGCCUACGAGGACCACCACGCCGGCUCCAAACGGCCUUGCCAUGACUAGCGGCAUGGAAAGAGGCGCGUCGACGACGUCGCUGAGCGCAGCAGCCAUCGAGCGGGCCCGACGGUGAGCGACAUCGGUCUUGUCCCCGCGUAUACAUAACCACGAGUGACAAAGAGCCGUCGUUGUAUAUAUGAGCUCGGCUUGUCGGUCUGCACAGUGAUUGGGUCAAGAGUUGCGGAGCCACCUGUGCCCAGCAAUUCGCCAUUGAGGGCUGUCGCCGAACUUCUUUUGAAUUACAGUUUUGCUAGACAUACAUAAUAGAGAUACUAGUAGUAGCUCCUGAGCUGCAGUUGGGUCUUCCUGCGCGUCGGCCACCUUGUUGG